GAUACAAGAAGAAGAGAGCAGCUUGUUUUGUUUACAAGAGAGAGCAGCAGCUGAAGUCCUUUUUCCGUCCGUACUUUUCCUUUUGAAAAGAAGAAGAAGAAGAUGGCUUCACAGCAGAUGUUCAGGUCCGGGCAAGCCCGUGGAGAGGGCCAGGCCAAGGCCGAUCAGAUGAUGGAUUCAGCACAAGGCGCCGCCGACGCUGCCAGGGCCAAGGCAUCACAGGCUGCGCAAUCCGCCCAGCAAAGCAAGGAACAUGCUGCAGGCACGCUCCAACAG